GCAGCUGGCGCUAUGGCCAGCUGGAUCGUGAUGUUCUGGAUCCUGGCUCUGGACUACUGGCUCGCCUACAACGCCCUGCAGUGGAAGAAGGAGCAGGUCGACCAGGGGAACCGGGCGGCCACCCUCGCCAUCUCCUUGCUGAUUGCAGGGUUCGUGUCGUUCAUGAAUUUCAUGUUGGGCAACGUGGCGUACGCCCUGGCCCCGCUCGAGAAGCACGCCACGGAGUCGGGCUCGGACAGGGCCGUCAUGCGGAAGCUCGUUCUCGCUCUGGUGAUCAACAUGUGCAUCAUCAAUCUGCUGGUCAACUCCUCCGAG